ACAAAACGAUUCCGUACAUUAAGAACUGUCAUUGGAGAAGAUUUGUGGAUUUCUUUAUUGCCGAAGUAGUGGUUAAUUUGUGAUAUUUUCAAGAAUUAUAGCGUAACUCAGUUGCUUUUAUUAUUUUCUUGUGUGUAGGAUAAAAAAUAUUCGAUCAAAUCAUGAAUCCUAUGUCGAUGGAUAGAGACGAGCCUUCUUCGUUGUUAUCAUUUUCAUCCAACCAUCCCUUGGAACAGUUUAUUUUGUUGGCCAAAGGAGCCAAAGGCUCCGCAUGCGCUGAACUGAUAAAACAAGUUCUGGAAGCACCUGGUGUCCAUGUCUUCGGCGAGUUGUUGGAAAUGCCGAAUAUAAAAGAGCUUGAAGGUGGUACUUAUGACAAACAUCUCAAAACUCUAAUUUUAUUUGCAUACGGCACAUACAAAGAUUACCUAGAGAACAAAUCGGACUACCUAGAGUUGACCCCAGCACAGUGUAAGAAGCUACAACAUCUAACAAUUGCCAGUCUUGCUACACAAGAGAAAUGUAUUCCCUAUAGUGUGCUGUUGAAGGAAUUGGAUAUAAAGAAUGUUAGAGAUCUGGAAGACCUUAUUAUAGAAGCUAUUUAUGCAGAUAUAAUCCACGGCAAAUUAGACCAAGAAUGCAAGCGCGUAGAGGUGGACGUAGCUCUAGGCCGCGAUGCACGCCUGGAAGACGCCUCGUCCAUCGCAGACGUGCUUGCUGACUGGUGCAAUGCAUGCGAAGCUGUACUAAGCUCCGUUGACCGCCACAUACAGAGGGCCAAUCACCACAAACAAAGAGCUAUUAGGCAUCAGCAACAAAUUGAACAAGAGGUAAUAUAUAUAAAGAAGACAUUGAAGACACAAGCCGAGACCGAAGAGUCUGCGGCGGGUGGUGGCACCGAAUCCCACUCUGCGCCUAAGAAGAAUUCGGGCAAAGGCAAAACGCCGCGCAACGCUGCCAAGUUCUGGCAGAAAAACACAUAAAAUCAGAAAAGACUUUGUGUACUUGUGAUAUGAAUAAUCGUAUAAUAAUAAAUAUUUAGGUACUGCCGCUCUCAUA